UUUCUCAUUGUUCAGAUCAUAAACGUAAAACUGUACAAGUACUUAUGAUAAACAGGUAGAUAUAAUUAAUAGCUGAAAUACGUCCGAGUCGGCGAUGUGUGUGGCAACGAGUCAGUCUUUAUUUAGAGGACAAUGGCGUCUAAAGUGGUGACAGUGUCGUUGUUUUACAUCUUCUGUUUUAACCUAGUCGCAUCUUAUCCUUUAACCAAGGAUUAUCAAUACAGCCGUGUUGGUGCAGACCAGAAUGAAAGACUCUCCUCGAACUCUCCUCUCCAGAACAGGCAAUUUAAUUCCAACCCUCAACAAUAUGAAGAUCCAAACAAACCUUCUAAGCCAGGACCUUGGAAUUUUAAAAACCUGAGUGUGCAGCAGAAGUUAUUGAUUGAAAAUUUGCUUCGGAAACAGUUUCUGGAACGAAAUAAGCAAUGGACUGGAAGUCAAUACAAUAGACCUGUGCAGAAAACAUCAUACUCAACACUGCCUAACUCAGGUCAAACAGUGAAGAUCGAGAAUCCACACAGAUUGCCUGUGACAGGCAAUCCACCUUCUUUUGUGAAUAAUAAUCACAACACAAAUACGCAAAGAUUUGCACCUGUGAAUAUAGCCAAUUUACAAAAUAAUCGAAAUGGAAUGACUGCUAAUGAAGUGAAGCGACUACAUUAUGGUUCAAAUAACCCAGACAGUGAUAUACUUAACAAAUCAGUUUUUAUUAGUGAAACUGGUAUACUGAAUACUGGGCAGAGUGGUAACAAAGUGAAAUCUACAGAAACUAUUCAACAGUAUGGAUCAGUAAAUUCCCACAACCAUGCUGAAAAUCUGGGAAUCAAGCCAGUAACAAAUAACGCAAAUGCACAAUCCACAUUCACAACAGCUCUUCAAGGAUUCAAAUCAGGAUCCAAUGAUCAGAAAAUUAUGUCUUACGCAGAUGUGCUUAAAUUAUUACAAAGCACGAACAUAAAUGGAAACAAUGGUGAACGAACAUCCGUCGUAACAAAUCAGUAUAAUACGCAGACUGCAUCAGUACCCGAUCCUUUAUUGCUGUCAUCCGUACCAGUACAACAUCAAAAUACUCAAGUUCAAAACUCAGCAUCUGUUCCUAUAACGAGUGUACCUGCAUCAAGACAGUUUUUGCAAAAAUCUUCUACGUUUAAACCAAUCCCAGCGCCUCCAGCCUCAUCGUCUAUGUCAUCAACUUCCAGCAUUUAUUCUACAGACAGUUUACCUUCACAACCAAGACCAGAUGCAACAGCAUAUUCUGAAUCUGCUUCUUCUACAAGUUCAGAAAAUGUGGUUCAACCUUCGCCCUUAAUAAUACCGACGACAAAAACUGAAAAUGAUUCACAGGAUUCAACUAAAAACCUUGUAAAUUCAGAACCUACCGUAAUUACAUCUGAAUCCACUUCAGGGGCUCCGGAAAAUAUUAUAAUAACUUCAGAAUCUGCAGUUUCGGCUGCUGCUGAUGCUGGUGGUGAGGAUGAUGAUGAUUAUGAUGAUGGUGAUGAUGAUGAUGGUGAUGAUGAAGACUUUCCCCCUUCCAUGUGGUUUAGUACAUCAGAUCCUACUUUCUUGACCAAACUAUUUGGAAACGCACCAUUGGGAGUUGUAUACUUCUACAACGCUCCAAAGCCGAUUCCGGAAAUUGAUCAAUAGAUUUUAUUUAAAGUGAAUUCCGCAUCUGGACCUACUGCCUACCCACAAAGUAUGUACAUAUUACUGAUAGACAAAAACACGCAUCAAAGAUGUUAUAAGUAAUACUUUUUUGUAUUAAACUUUAAAACCAUCCAUUAAACGAUUUGUAUGUGUACAACUUACAGCUUUAAAAGUAAACAAAGUCCUCGAAACAAAUAAAGUAAGUCAGAUCAUCUUAGACUGAACAUAAUAAAUA